AUUCUCUUCGUAGCUGAAGGCUUACACUACUCCUCCUUAACCUCUCAAUAUCACGCGUCUUUUUCAAGGUUUAGGGAACACACUUGAGUUGAAGUAUCUCCUUGGAUGAUAAGCAAAACCCUGUGAUUGGGAUUAUUUUUGGACCCCUGUGCCGCUAUUUUGAAAAGAUCUUUUUUGGUGUGUGGUGUUCAUCGCCCAGCGUUUACACACAGCACAACACCGCAGAGGCGGCAUGGCAGCAGAUAACACGAUGUCUAAUGGAGAAGAAACGGCUUCCCUGAACGGCGAGCCAGCGGUUAAGCGGUCCCGGGAAAAUGAAGGGACGGAAACUCUGCGGAAUCCCCGGGAGCCUCAGAAUAAAGUGACUGUCGUGCUCGGGGCUCAGUGGGGAGAUGAGGGGAAAGGGAAAGUGGUCGACCUGUUGGCCAUGGACGCCGACAUUGUCUGCAGAUGCCAGGGCGGAAACAACGCGGGACACACGGUGGUGGUGGACGGUGUGGAAUACGAUUUCCACCUCUUACCCAGCGGCGUCCUCAACAAAAAGUCCGUCUCCUUUAUUGGAAAUGGAGUUGUGAUUCAUCUGCCUGGACUGUUUGAGGAAGCAGAGAAAAAUUCUCAGAAAGGUCCAGGAUUACAGGGUUGGGAAGAGAGGCUGAAGAUUUCUGAUCGUGCACAUAUUGUGUUUAACUUCCAUCAGGCUGUUGAUGGGAUACAGGAGCAACAAAGACAACAGCAAGCUGGGAAGAACUUGGGGACAACCAAAAAGGGCAUCGGUCCAGCAUAUUCCUCCAAGGCGGCACGUAAUGGACUGAGAGUGUGUGACUUGGUCUCUGACUUCUCAGUUUUUGAAGAAAAAUUCCGUGUCCUGGCUAGCCAUUUUCAGACUAUGUACCCCAACCUCAACAUUGAUGUUGAGAGUGAGCUGGAGCAGCUGAAGAGUUAUGCAGAGAGGUUGCGACCUCUGGUGACAGAUGGUGUGUUCUUCAUGCAUAAAGCUCUUACUGGACCAAGCAAGAAGAUUCUAGUUGAGGGGGCUAAUGCAGCUCUCUUGGAUAUUGAUUUUGGAACCUAUCCUUUUGUGACGUCUUCCAAUUGCACUGUCGGAGGUGUGUGCACAGGUCUCGGGGUUCCCCCGUGCCACAUUGGCCGUGUUUAUGGCGUAGUUAAGGCUUACACCACGCGAGUUGGUGUCGGAGCAUUUCCUACUGAGCAGAACAACGACAUCGGCGAUCUUCUGCAGUCAAGAGGGAGGGAAUUUGGAGUUACUACAGGCAGACGGCGACGUUGCGGGUGGCUGGACCUGGUAUUAGUUCGUUAUGCCCACAUGGUCAAUGGCUUCUCUGCUAUUGCUCUGACCAAGUUGGACAUUCUUGAUACGUUGUCUGAGAUCAAAGUGGGCGUGGCUUAUACUGUUGAUGGGAAGCCGCUGGACAGCUUUCCUUCUAAUAUGGAUGUCCUGACUAAAGUCGUGGUGACUUAUGAGACGUUAACCGGGUGGUGUUGCAGCACAGAGGGAGCUCGCAAUUUUGACGACUUGCCACCUCAUGCACAGGCCUACAUUCGCUUUAUUGAGGAUUUCCUACAGGUGCCAGUAAAAUGGGUUGGGGUUGGAAAAUCCAGGGAGAGCAUGAUAAAGCUGUUGUAAGAUGCACAGGACAGUACCUGAAAUCCACCACAUGCAUAUGUCUUCCAGGGACAUUAUAACAUUUUCAAAACCAGAAAUUUUGUAUUGGGUUAGUGCUUGACUAAAGACGAACCUGGGUUGAGAACCCUGUGAAUGUCUAACUUAAAGUGAGCACCAGCAUACCUCCAGUUCAGGACCAUAGAUAAUAAUGAGGGAUUGCACAAUGUUCCAGACAAUUUCAUUUAGAGAAUGACUCAGGGUUCAUGUGUAUGAAACGUUAGAAUAAGAGUUCUAUUCUUGCAUACUGUAUGAUGUUGGCUUUAAUUUCAAUUCCUGGACCAGCAUUCUUAUUGUGACACUUGGUGCAUAUUGGUUCAGAGGUCAAUCACUCCCACUUUAGAUCUGCACUAAAAUUAGAUUUGUGUAAAUAUUUUGCAGACCAUUUGAACCUCUGGCUUUAGCUUUCCUCUGUACUACUCCAUAAAUACUGAUUAUAGGUUCAAGCUUUUUGGUCCUCAUCUACUGAACUAAAGUCCAUUGGGUAUGUUGCUCAGAUUACCAUUAUCAAUUGUAAGGCUUUAUUUUGAUUUUAGAAUGAAAAAAAAACAAAACUAUUUUUCCAUCGGUGUUGAAAAUGGAGUUUUAAGAUUUUACUGUAAAGUGUAGCCAAACUUUUUAUGUAAUCAUGUGUAUGGGGUUUAUUGUAUGACCUAUGAUUUGAAACAUCAAUUUAAUUUGUACAUUAAAACAGUUUUGGGUGGCUGGUGUUGACCGUCUUAAAAAAAAACAAAAAACAUGUGGUUUACUUUACAACUGUAUGACAAAAUGAUGGAUUUACAUAAGCUUUUUUUUAAGCACCUCUGAAAAUGUACACCUAGCACACCUUCAGUUUUAACAGAUGUGGAUAUUAGAAGUGCAGGAGAAGGACGGAUCCACACACAUGCAUAAAGCUGCCUUCCACUGGAGUGUGUAGAUUGUGUUUCAAGUUAUUGGCUGCUGCUUUGGAACAAUAAAGUGUUCUAAUUAAA